GGCACCCAGCAGCCUCAGACCCCUCCCGCCCCCGGCUCCCGGCAGCAGGAACAGCGGCAGGAGACAGAGCGAGGGGCCGCCAGCGACGCCGGGCUCCGCGGGGUUCGGGAGCCGGCCCCUGCAAGAAGGAGCAGAGCCAUGGCCGAUGGGGGCGAGGGCGAGGAUGAGAUCCAGUUCCUGCGAACUGAUGAUGAAGUGGUUCUACAGUGUACCGCAACCAUCCACAAAGAACAACAGAAACUAUGUUUGGCAGCAGAAGGAUUUGGCAACAGACUUUGCUUCUUGGAGUCCACUUCGAAUUCCAAGAAUGUCCCUCCAGACCUCUCCAUCUGCACCUUCGUGCUGGAGCAGUCCCUGUCUGUCCGGGCCUUGCAGGAGAUGCUGGCUAACACUGUGGAAAAGUCUGAAGGGAAGGUUGAUGUGGAAAAAUGGAAAUUCAUGAUGAAGACUGCUCAGGGUGGCGGCCACCGAACGCUCCUCUAUGGCCAUGCAGUACUGCUGCGGCAUUCCUACAGUGGCAUGUAUCUGUGCUGCCUGUCCACCUCUCGGUCUUCAACUGAUAAGCUGGCUUUUGAUGUUGGCUUGCAAGAGGAUACAACAGGUGAAGCUUGUUGGUGGACCAUCCAUCCUGCCUCUAAGCAGCGCUCAGAAGGAGAAAAGGUGCGGGUUGGAGAUGACCUCAUCUUAGUGAGUGUGUCCUCUGAAAGGUACCUGCACUUGUCUUACGGUAACGGCAGCUUGCACGUGGAUGCUGCUUUCCAGCAGACCCUCUGGAGCGUGGCCCCCAUCAGCUCAGGAAGUGAAGCAGCCCAAGGGUAUCUGAUUGGUGGUGACGUCCUCAGGUUGCUUCAUGGACACAUGGAUGAAUGCCUCACUGUCCCUUCAGGAGAACACGGUGAAGAGCAGCGGAGAACUGUUCAUUACGAAGGUGGUGCUGUAUCCGUUCACGCACGUUCCCUGUGGCGACUAGAGACACUAAGAGUUGCGUGGAGUGGAAGCCACAUAAGAUGGGGACAACCUUUUCGACUACGCCAUGUCACAACAGGAAAAUACUUGAGUCUCAUGGAAGACAAAAGCCUUCUACUCAUGGACAAAGAGAAAGCUGAUGUCAAAUCAACUGCAUUUACCUUCAGAUCUUCCAAGGAAAAAUUGGAUGUAGGAGUGAGAAAAGAAGUCGAUGGCAUGGGAACCUCUGAAAUAAAAUAUGGAGACUCAGUGUGUUAUAUACAGCACAUCAGUACAGGCUUGUGGCUAACUUACCAGUCUGUGGAUGUGAAAUCGGUGAGAAUGGGAUCCAUACAACGCAAGGCUAUUAUGCAUCAUGAAGGACACAUGGAUGAUGGCCUAAAUUUAUCCAGAUCUCAGCAUGAAGAAUCACGGACAGCACGUGUCAUCCGGAGCACAGUCUUUCUUUUUAAUAGAUUUAUUAGGGGCCUUGAUGCUCUCAGCAAAAAGGUGAAGGCUUCCACAGUAGACUUACCUAUAGAGUCUGUAAGUCUGAGUCUGCAGGACCUUAUUGGCUACUUCCACCCACCAGAUGAGCAUUUAGAGCAUGAAGAUAAGCAGAACAGAUUACGAGCUCUGAAGAACAGGCAGAAUCUCUUCCAGGAAGAGGGAAUGAUCAACCUCGUGCUCGAAUGUAUAGACAGACUGCACGUGUAUAGCAGCGCCGCUCACUUCGCGGAUGUUGCUGGGAGAGAAGCAGGGGAAUCUUGGAAAUCGAUUCUGAAUUCUUUGUAUGAGUUGUUGGCGGCACUAAUUAGAGGAAAUCGUAAAAACUGUGCUCAAUUUUCUGGCUCCCUUGACUGGUUAAUCAGCCGACUGGAAAGACUGGAAGCUUCUUCUGGUAUUCUUGAAGUUUUACACUGUGUGUUAGUAGAAAGUCCAGAAGCUCUCAAUAUUAUUAAAGAAGGCCAUAUAAAAUCCAUUAUCUCACUUUUAGACAAGCAUGGAAGAAAUCACAAGGUUCUGGAUGUCUUAUGCUCUCUCUGUGUUUGCCAUGGAGUGGCAGUCCGUUCUAACCAGCAUCUCAUCUGUGACAAUCUUCUGCCAGGAAGAGACCUGUUAUUGCAGACACGCCUUGUGAACCAUGUGAGCAGCAUGAGACCCAAUAUUUUUCUGGGUGUCAGUGAAGGCUCUGCACAGUAUAAGAAGUGGUACUAUGAGUUGAUGGUGGACCACACGGAGCCGUUUGUGACUGCUGAAGCCACUCACCUGCGCGUGGGCUGGGCUUCCACAGAGGGCUACUCACCCUACCCCGGCGGGGGCGAGGAAUGGGGUGGAAACGGCGUCGGAGACGACCUCUUCUCCUACGGAUUCGAUGGCCUUCACCUCUGGUCAGGUUGUAUUGCCCGGACUGUCAACUCACCAAACCAGCAUCUCUUGAGAACUGAUGAUGUCAUCAGUUGCUGUUUAGAUCUAAGUGCCCCAAGCAUCUCCUUCCGAAUUAAUGGACAACCUGUUCAAGGCAUGUUUGAGAAUUUCAACAUUGAUGGCCUCUUCUUUCCAGUUGUCAGUUUCUCUGCAGGAAUCAAAGUACGCUUUCUGCUUGGGGGGAGACAUGGAGAAUUUAAAUUCCUUCCUCCGCCUGGGUACGCUCCUUGUUACGAAGCUGUUCUGCCAAAAGAAAAGUUGAAAGUGGAGCACAGCCGAGAGUACAAGCAAGAAAGGAGUUACACACGGGACCUCCUGGGCCCCACAGUUUCCCUGACACAAGCUGCCUUCACACCAAUCCCAGUGGACACCAGCCAGAUUGUGUUGCCUCCCCACCUGGAGAGGAUACGAGAAAAACUGGCAGAGAAUAUCCAUGAGCUCUGGGUGAUGAAUAAAAUUGAACUUGGCUGGCAGUAUGGUCCGGUUAGAGACGACAAUAAGAGACAGCACCCGUGUCUGGUGGAGUUCUCCAAGCUGCCUGAACAGGAACGCAAUUACAAUUUACAGAUGUCUCUUGAGACCCUGAAGACGUUGUUGGCUUUAGGAUGUCACGUGGGUAUAUCAGAUGAACAUGCUGAAGAAAAGGUGAAAAAAAUGAAGCUGCCAAAGAAUUACCAACUGACAAGUGGAUACAAGCCUGCCCCAAUGGACCUGAGCUUUAUCAAACUCACCCCAUCUCAAGAGGCUAUGGUGGACAAGUUGGCGGAAAAUGCUCAUAACGUGUGGGCUCGGGAUCGGAUUCGACAGGGCUGGACCUACGGCAUCCAACAGGAUGUAAAGAACAGAAGAAACCCUCGGCUUGUUCCCUAUGCCCUUCUAGAUGACAGAACUAAGAAAUCCAAUAAGGAUAGCCUCCGUGAGGCUGUACGCACACUCCUGGGAUAUGGCUACAACCUGGAGGCACCUGAUCAGGAUCAUGCUGCCAGAGCAGACGUGUGCAGCGGCACGGGAGAGAGGUUCCGGAUCUUCCGGGCAGAGAAGACGUACGCUGUGAAGGCUGGAAGGUGGUAUUUUGAAUUCGAGGCGGUCACUGCUGGAGACAUGCGAGUUGGCUGGAGCAGGCCAGGCUGUCAACCUGAUCAGGAGCUUGGCUCAGAUGAACGUGCCUUUGCUUUUGAUGGCUUCAAGGCCCAGCGAUGGCACCAGGGCAAUGAGCACUAUGGACGCUCUUGGCAAGCCGGCGAUGUUGUGGGGUGUAUGGUUGACAUGACAGAACACACCAUGAUGUUCACACUGAACGGCGAAAUCCUCCUUGAUGAUUCAGGUUCAGAACUGGCUUUCAAGGACUUUGACGUUGGUGAUGGAUUCAUACCUGUGUGUAGCCUUGGAGUGGCUCAAGUGGGCAGGAUGAACUUUGGAAAGGAUGUCAGCACCUUGAAAUAUUUCACCAUCUGUGGCUUACAAGAGGGCUAUGAGCCAUUUGCCGUUAACACAAAUAGGGAUAUUACCAUGUGGCUGAGCAAGAGGCUUCCUCAAUUUCUCCAAGUUCCAUCAAACCAUGAACAUAUUGAGGUGACCAGAAUAGAUGGCACCAUCGACAGUUCCCCAUGUUUAAAGGUCACUCAGAAGUCCUUUGGUUCUCAGAGCAGCAGCACGGAUAUCAUGUUUUAUCGUCUGAGCAUGCCCAUCGAGUGUGCAGAGGUCUUCUCCAAGCCUGCAGCUGGAGGGAUCCCUGGCACCGGCCUCUUUGGGCCCAAGAAUGAUCUGGAGGAUUAUGAUGUGGAUUCAGACUUUGAGGUUCUCAUGAAGACAGCUCACGGCCAUCUGGUGCCAGAUCGAGGAGACAAAGACAAAGAAGCUGCAAAACCAGAGUUUAAUAACCACAAAGAUUAUGCUCAGGAAAAACCCUCUCGUCUGAAACAGAGGUUUUUGCUUCGAAGAACAAAGCCAGAUUAUAGCACCAGCCAUUCUGCAAGACUCACUGAAGACGUCCUUGCAGAUGAGAGGGAUGACUACGAUUACUUGAUGCAAACGUCCACGUACUAUUACUCAGUGAGAAUCUUUCCUGGACAAGAACCUGCCAAUGUCUGGGUGGGCUGGAUCACAUCCGAUUUCCAUCAGUACGAUACAGGCUUUGACUUGGACAGAGUUCGUACAGUGACCGUGACUCUGGGAGAUGAAAAAGGAAAGGUGCACGAAAGCAUCAAACGCAGCAAUUGCUAUAUGGUGUGUGCGGGGGAGAGCCUGAGCCCGGGGCAAGGACGCAACAACAACGGCCUGGAGAUUGGCUGCGUGGUGGAUGCCGCCAGUGGGCUGCUCACCUUCACGGCCAACGGCAAGGAACUGAGCACCUAUUAUCAGGUGGAGCCAAGCACAAAGUUAUUCCCUGCAGUUUUUGCACAAGCUACAAGUCCCAAUGUUUUUCAGUUUGAGUUGGGAAGAAUAAAGAAUGUGAUGCCUCUCUCAGCGGGAUUAUUCAAGAGUGAGCACAAAAACCCUGUGCCACAGUGUCCCCCACGUCUCCAUGUGCAGUUUCUCUCACAUGUCCUGUGGAGCAGAAUGCCCAACCAGUUCUUGAAGGUAGAUGUCUCUCGAAUAAGUGAACGCCAGGGCUGGCUGGUGCAGUGCGUGGAGCCUCUGCAGUUCAUGUCACUUCAUAUCCCAGAGGAGAACAGGUCUGUGGACAUUCUGGAACUGACAGAGCAGGAGGAGCUGCUCAAGUUCCACUACCACACUCUCCGGCUCUACUCGGCUGUCUGCGCGCUCGGGAACCACCGCGUGGCCCACGCCCUGUGCAGCCACGUGGACGAGCCGCAGCUGCUGUACGCCAUCGAGAACAAGUACAUGCCCGGCUUGCUGCGCGCCGGCUACUACGACCUGCUCAUUGACAUCCACCUCAGUUCCUACGCCACCGCCAGGCUCAUGAUGAACAACGAGUUCAUCGUCCCCAUGACCGAGGAGACGAAGAGCAUCACCCUCUUCCCGGAUGAGAACAAAAAACACGGGCUGCCGGGCAUCGGCCUCAGCACCUCCCUCCGGCCGCGGAUGCAGUUUUCCUCCCCGAGCUUUGUCAGCAUUAAUACGGAGGGUUACCAGUAUAGCCCGGAGUUCCCGCUGGACAUCCUGAAGGCCAAGACCAUCCAGAUGCUGACAGAAGCCGUGAAAGAGGGCAGCCUUCAUGCGCGAGACCCCGUUGGGGGCACCACCGAGUUCCUCUUUGUCCCUCUCAUCAAGCUGUUCUAUACCCUGCUCAUCAUGGGUGUCUUCCACAACGAGGACUUGAAACACGUCUUGCAGUUGAUUGAGCCUAGUGUGUUCAAGGAGGCCGCCAGCCCCGAGGAGGAAAGCGAGGUGGUGGAGAAGGAGCCCUGCGUGGAAGACUCCAAGCUGGAAGGAGCCGCAGAGGAAGAAAGCAAAGGCGGUAAGAGGCCCAAGGAGGGCCUGCUCCAAAUGAAACUGCCAGAGCCAGUAAAAUUACAGAUGUGCCUGCUACUUCAAUACCUCUGUGACUGCCAGGUCCGGCACCGAAUAGAAGCCAUUGUGGCCUUUUCAGAUGACUUUGUAGCCAAGCUCCAAGACAAUCAACGAUUCCGAUAUAACGAAGUUAUGCAAGCCUUAAACAUGUCGGCUGCACUCACAGCCAGGAAAACAAAGGAAUUCAGAUCCCCGCCUCAAGAACAGAUCAAUAUGCUUCUCAAUUUUAAGGAUGACAAAAGUGAAUGUCCAUGUCCUGAAGAAAUCCGAGACCAACUCUUGGAUUUUCACGAAGAUUUGAUGACACAUUGUGGAAUUGAGUUGGAUGAAGAUAGGUCUCUGGAUGGAAACAAUGAUUUAACUAUUAGAGGACGCCUGCUGUCCUUGGUAGAAAAGGUGACGUACCUAAAGAAGAAGCAAGCUGAAAAGCCAGUUGAGAGUGACUCCAAGAAGUCAUCCACUCUUCAGCAGUUGAUUUCUGAGACCAUGGUCCGAUGGGCUCAAGAGUCUGUUAUUGAAGACCCUGAGUUGGUGAGGGCCAUGUUUGUAUUGCUCCAUCGACAGUAUGAUGGCAUUGGGGGUCUGGUACGGGCUCUGCCAAAGACCUAUACUAUAAAUGGUGUUUCUGUGGAGGAUACCAUCAAUCUGCUGGCAUCUCUUGGUCAGAUUCGUUCCCUGCUAAGUGUGAGAAUGGGCAAAGAAGAAGAGAAACUUAUGAUUCGUGGGUUAGGGGAUAUCAUGAACAAUAAAGUGUUUUACCAGCAUCCUAAUCUCAUGAGGGCACUUGGGAUGCAUGAGACAGUGAUGGAGGUCAUGGUCAAUGUCCUUGGAGGUGGAGAGUCCAAGGAAAUCACUUUUCCAAAGAUGGUGGCCAACUGUUGCCGUUUUCUCUGUUACUUCUGUCGUAUAAGUAGGCAGAAUCAGAAAGCUAUGUUUGAUCAUCUCAGUUAUUUACUGGAAAACAGCAGUGUUGGUCUUGCCUCACCAGCUAUGAGAGGGUCAACACCAUUGGAUGUGGCAGCAGCCUCGGUGAUGGAUAAUAAUGAACUAGCUUUAGCUUUGCGGGAGCCAGAUCUGGAAAAGGUAGUUCGAUACUUGGCUGGUUGUGGACUGCAGAGUUGCCAGAUGCUAGUGUCAAAGGGUUAUCCAGACAUUGGGUGGAAUCCAGUUGAAGGAGAGAGAUAUCUUGACUUUCUCAGAUUUGCUGUCUUCUGUAAUGGGGAGAGCGUGGAGGAGAAUGCAAAUGUUGUGGUGAGAUUGCUCAUUCGGAGGCCUGAGUGUUUCGGUCCUGCCUUGAGGGGGGAAGGUGGGAAUGGCCUGCUCGCAGCCAUGGAAGAAGCCAUAAAAAUAGCCGAGGAUCCCUCUCGAGAUGGUCCCUCACCAACUACCGGAUCCAGCAAAACACCUGAUACAGACGAGGAAGAGGAUGACACCAUCCACAUGGGAAAUGCCAUCAUGACCUUCUAUGCAGCUUUGAUUGACCUGUUAGGACGCUGUGCUCCCGAGAUGCAUUUGAUUCAUGCUGCCAAGGGGGAAGCCAUCAGAAUCAGGUCUAUUUUGAGAUCUCUGAUUCCAUUGGGAGAUUUGGUGGGAGUGAUCAGCAUCGCUUUUCAGAUGCCCACAAUAGCCAAAGAUGGGAAUGUGGUGGAGCCUGACAUGUCUGCAGGGUUUUGUCCAGAUCACAAGGCAGCCAUGGUUUUGUUCCUUGACAGGGUCUAUGGAAUUGAGGUUCAGGAUUUCCUCCUCCAUCUUCUUGAGGUUGGCUUUCUGCCAGAUCUCCGGGCUGCUGCCUCCUUAGACACGGCUGCUUUGAGUGCCACAGACAUGGCCCUGGCCCUCAAUCGGUACCUCUGCACAGCUGUGCUCCCCUUGUUGACAAGGUGCGCUCCUCUUUUUGCGGGCACCGAGCACCAUGCUUCUCUCAUUGACUCGUUGCUUCACACUGUGUACCGGCUUUCGAAGGGCUGCUCACUCACCAAAGCUCAACGGGAUUCCAUAGAAGUGUGUUUACUCUCUAUCUGUGGCCAAUUGAGACCUUCUAUGAUGCAACACUUACUCAGACGAUUAGUAUUUGAUGUCCCAUUAUUAAAUGAACACGCAAAGAUGCCUCUUAAGCUGCUGACAAAUCAUUAUGAAAGAUGCUGGAAAUAUUACUGCUUGCCUGGAGGGUGGGGAAACUUCGGAGCUGCCUCAGAAGAAGAACUUCAUUUAUCAAGAAAGCUGUUCUGGGGCAUCUUUGAUGCCCUGUCUCAAAAGAAAUAUGAACAAGAACUUUUCAAACUGGCACUGCCUUGCCUGAGUGCAGUUGCGGGAGCUUUGCCUCCAGACUACAUGGAGUCAAAUUAUGUCAGUAUGAUGGAAAAACAGUCAUCAAUGGAUUCUGAAGGGAACUUUAAUCCACAACCUGUUGAUACCUCAAAUAUUACAAUUCCUGAGAAGUUGGAAUACUUCAUUAACAAAUAUGCAGAACAUGCCCAUGACAAGUGGUCAAUGGAUAAGUUGGCAAAUGGAUGGAUUUAUGGAGAAAUAUAUUCAGACUCAUCUAAAGUUCAACCAUUAAUGAAGCCAUAUAAACUGUUAUCUGAAAAGGAAAAAGAAAUUUAUCGCUGGCCAAUCAAAGAAUCUUUAAAAACUAUGCUGGCUUGGGGAUGGAGAAUUGAAAGGACACGGGAAGGAGACAGCAUGGCCCUUUAUAACCGUACCCGUCGUAUUUCUCAGACAAGUCAGGUUUCUGUAGAUGCCGCCCAUGGGUAUAGCCCACGAGCCAUUGACAUGAGCAAUGUUACACUAUCCAGAGAUCUGCAUGCUAUGGCAGAAAUGAUGGCUGAAAACUACCAUAAUAUAUGGGCAAAGAAAAAGAAACUGGAACUGGAGGCCAAAGGAGGUGGAAACCAUCCGCUACUGGUGCCUUACGAUACACUGACGGCCAAAGAGAAAGCCAAGGAUAGGGAGAAAGCACAGGACAUCCUCAAGUUCCUGCAGAUCAACGGCUAUGCUGUGUCCAGAGGGUUCAAAGACCUGGAACUGGACACGCCUUCUAUUGAGAAACGAUUUGCCUAUAGUUUCCUUCAGCAACUCAUUCGCUAUGUGGAUGAAGCCCAUCAGUAUAUCCUGGAGUUUGUGUUUGAAGUGCAACAUGUACCUAAAAAACUCUUCAUGUCUACAGAUGGUGGCAGCAGAAGCAAAGGAGAGCAUUUCCCUUAUGAGCAAGAAAUCAAGUUCUUUGCUAAAGUCGUUCUUCCUUUAAUUGAUCAGUAUUUCAAAAACCACCGUUUAUACUUCUUAUCUGCAGCAAGCAGACCUCUCUGUUCUGGAGGACAUGCAUCAAACAAAGAGAAAGAAAUGGUGACUAGCCUAUUCUGCAAACUUGGAGUUCUUGUCAGGCAUAGGAUUUCACUAUUUGGGAAUGAUGCAACAUCAAUUGUCAACUGUCUUCAUAUUUUGGGUCAGACUUUGGAUGCAAGGACUGUGAUGAAGACUGGCCUGGAGAGUGUUAAAAGUGCACUCAGAGCUUUCCUGGACAAUGCCGCAGAGGAUCUGGAGAAGACAAUGGAGAAUCUUAAGCAGGGCCAGUUCACCCACACCCGAAACCAGCCCAAAGGUGUUACUCAGAUUAUCAAUUAUACCACGGUGGCACUCUUGCCAAUGCUGUCAUCAUUAUUUGAGCAUAUUGGCCAGCAUCAAUUCGGAGAAGAUCUAAUAUUGGAAGAUGUACAGGUGUCAUGUUAUAGAAUUCUGACUAGCUUGUAUGCUUUGGGAACCAGCAAGAGUAUUUAUGUGGAAAGGCAACGUUCUGCAUUGGGAGAAUGUCUGGCUGCUUUUGCUGGUGCCUUUCCUGUAGCAUUUUUAGAAACUCACCUGGACAAGCACAAUAUUUACUCCAUCUACAAUACAAAGUCUUCGAGAGAGAGAGCAGCUCUUAAUUUGCCUACUAACGUGGAAGAUGUUUGUCCAAAUAUACCAUCUUUGGAGAAGCUCAUGGAAGAAAUUGUGGACUUGGCUGAGUCCGGUAUUCGCUACACUCAGAUGCCACACGUAAUGGAAGUUAUCCUGCCCAUGCUUUGUAGCUACAUGUCUCGUUGGUGGGAGCAUGGACCUGAGAAUAAUCCGGGAAGGGCUGAGAUGUGCUGUACGGCUCUGAACUCAGAGCACAUGAACACACUACUGGGCAAUAUCCUGAAAAUCAUAUAUAAUAACUUGGGUAUUGAUGAGGGAGCCUGGAUGAAGAGGUUAGCAGUGUUUUCCCAGCCUAUUAUAAAUAAAGUGAAACCUCAGCUCUUGAAAACUCAUUUCUUGCCAUUAAUGGAGAAGCUCAAGAAAAAGGCAGCGAUGGUGGUAUCAGAAGAGGACCAUCUGAAAUCUGAGGCCAGGGGAGAUAUGUCUGAAGCUGAACUUCUCAUCCUAGAUGAGUUCACCACACUGGCCAGAGAUCUCUAUGCCUUCUAUCCACUCCUGAUUAGAUUUGUGGACUAUAACAGGGCAAAGUGGCUGAAAGAGCCUAACCAAGAAGCAGAAGAUCUUUUCCGCAUGGUUGCUGAGGUGUUUAUCUACUGGUCAAAAUCCCAUAAUUUCAAAAGGGAGGAGCAGAACUUCGUGGUGCAGAAUGAAAUCAACAAUAUGUCUUUCCUUAUUAUGGACACCAAGUCAAAGAUGUCCAAGGCAGCUGUUUCUGAUCAGGAAAGGAAGAAAAUGAAGCGCAAAGGGGACCGAUAUUCCAUGCAGACCUCUCUUAUUGUGGCCGCUCUGAAGCGGUUACUACCCAUUGGGUUGAACAUCUGUGCCCCUGGGGACCAGGAGCUCAUUGCUCUGGCCAAAAAUCGCUUUAGUCUGAAAGACACUGAGGAUGAAGUUCGAGAUAUAAUCCGCAGUAAUAUUCACUUACAAGGCAAGUUGGAGGAUCCUGCUAUUAGAUGGCAAAUGGCUCUUUACAAAGACUUACCCAACAGGACCGAAGACACUUCAGAUCCUGAGAAGACAGUGGAAAGGGUCUUGGAUAUAGCAAAUGUGCUUUUUCAUCUUGAACAGAAAUCUACAUGUAUGCGCCGGAGAUAUUACAAUCUGGUUGAGCAUCCUCAGAGAUCCAAAAAGGCCGUGUGGCACAAACUGCUCUCUAAGCAGAGGAAACGUGCUGUGGUUGCUUGCUUCCGAAUGGCUCCUUUAUAUAAUCUGCCGAGGCAUCGGGCUGUCAAUCUCUUUCUUCAGGGAUAUGAAAAGUCUUGGAUUGAGACAGAAGAACAUUACUUUGAAGAUAAAUUGAUAGAAGAUUUAGCGAAACCUGGAGCAGAACCUCCAGAAGAAGAUGAAGGAGCUAAGAGGGUUGAUCCUCUUCAUCAGCUGAUCCUUCUGUUUAGUCGAACAGCUUUAACGGAGAAAUGCAAACUGGAGGAAGAUUUUUUAUAUAUGGCUUAUGCAGAUAUUAUGGCAAAGAGUUGUCAUGAUGAGGAAGAUGACGAUGGGGAAGAGGAAGUGAAGAGUUUUGAAGUCACAGGAUCCCAACGCAGCAAGGAAAAAGAAAUGGAAAAGCAAAAGCUUCUGUACCAGCAAGCCAGGCUCCACGACCGCGGUGCUGCUGAGAUGGUGCUGCAGACCAUCAGUGCCAGCAAAGGUGAAACUGGACCCAUGGUGGCUGCUACUUUGAAACUUGGAAUUGCUAUCUUAAAUGGAGGGAACUCUACCGUACAGCAGAAAAUGCUUGACUACCUCAAGGAGAAAAAGGAUGUGGGCUUCUUUCAGAGCCUGGCUGGCCUGAUGCAGUCAUGCAGUGUCCUCGACCUAAAUGCAUUUGAGCGACAAAACAAAGCUGAAGGACUUGGGAUGGUGACUGAGGAAGGAUCAGGAGAGAAAGUUCUGCAGGAUGACGAAUUCACCUGUGACCUCUUCCGCUUCUUGCAACUGCUUUGUGAGGGACACAACUCAGAUUUUCAAAAUUAUCUGAGAACUCAGACUGGCAAUAAUACAACUGUCAACAUAAUCAUCUCUACUGUAGACUAUCUUCUGAGAGUUCAGGAAUCAAUUAGUGAUUUCUAUUGGUAUUACUCUGGGAAAGAUGUCAUUGAUGAACAAGGACAAAGGAAUUUCUCCAAAGCUAUUCAAGUAGCAAAACAAGUCUUUAACACUCUUACAGAGUAUAUUCAGGGUCCUUGCACUGGCAACCAGCAGAGUUUGGCCCACAGCAGGCUCUGGGAUGCUGUGGUGGGCUUUCUUCAUGUGUUUGCCCACAUGCAGAUGAAGCUGUCUCAGGACUCCAGUCAAAUUGAGCUACUAAAAGAAUUGAUGGAUCUUCAGAAGGAUAUGGUGGUCAUGUUGCUGUCCAUGUUGGAAGGCAAUGUUGUUAAUGGCACCAUUGGCAAACAGAUGGUUGAUAUGCUCGUGGAAUCUUCCAACAACGUGGAGAUGAUUCUCAAGUUUUUUGACAUGUUCUUAAAACUCAAGGACUUGACGUCUUCUGAUACUUUCAAAGAGUAUGACCCUGAUGGUAAGGGAGUUAUUUCCAAGAGGGACUUUCACAAAGCCAUGGAGAGCCAUAAACACUACACCCAGUCCGAGACUGAGUUUCUCCUGUCCUGUGCAGAGACAGAUGAAAAUGAAACCCUGGACUAUGAAGAAUUUGUCAAACGGUUCCACGAGCCUGCCAAGGACAUUGGCUUCAACGUGGCAGUGCUUCUGACAAACCUCUCCGAACACAUGCCCAAUGAUACCCGGCUGCAGACUUUUCUGGAACUGGCCGAGAGUGUGCUCAAUUACUUCCAGCCCUUCCUGGGCCGCAUCGAGAUCAUGGGCAGUGCCAAGCGCAUAGAGAGGGUGUAUUUUGAAAUCAGUGAGUCCAGCCGAACCCAGUGGGAGAAGCCCCAGGUUAAGGAGUCCAAAAGGCAAUUUAUAUUUGAUGUGGUCAAUGAAGGGGGGGAAAAGGAGAAGAUGGAGCUCUUCGUGAACUUCUGUGAGGACACCAUCUUCGAGAUGCAGCUGGCGGCUCAGAUAUCAGAAUCAGAUCUGAACGAGAGGUCAGUGAAUAAAGAGGAGAGUGAGAAGGAGAAGCCGGAGGAGCAGGGUCCAAGGAUGGGUUUCUUUUCCAUCGUGACGGUCAAGUCCGCCCUGUUUGCCCUCAGGUACAAUAUCUUGAUCCUUAUGCGGAUGCUCAGCCUGAAAAGCUUGAAGAAGCAGAUGAAGAAGGUGAAGAAGAUGACAGUGAAGGACAUGAUCACAGCCUUCUUUACAUCCUACUGGGGUAUUUUGAUGAGCCUCCUGCACUUUGUAGCCAGCGUUUUCAGAGGCUUCUCUCGCAUCAUCGGCAGCCUCCUGCUGGGAGGAAGCCUGGUCGAAGGUGCGAAGAAGAUUAAAGUGGCAGAGCUCCUGGCCAACAUGCCAGACCCCACACAGGAUGAGGUUCGAGGAUACGGGGAGGAGGGGGAGAGGAAAACCCUGGAAGGGGCCCUGCCCUCUGAAGAUCUGACGGAUUUAAAGGAACUGACAGAGGAGAGUGACCUGCUUUCCGAUAUCUUUGGCUUGGACCUGAAGCGAGAAGGAGGGCAGUACAAACUGAUUCCUCACAAUCCCAAUGCUGGCCUGAGUGACCUCAUGAGCAACCCCGUCCCCAUCCCAGAGGUGCAAGAAAAGUUCCAGGUAACUUACCUCCAGUCACAGCAGCUCUCUGGACUUCAGGAACAGAAGGCAAAAGAAGAAGAAAAGGAAGAAAAAGAAGAAAGUAAAUCCGAACCUGAGAAAGCUGAAGGAGAAGAUGGAGAAAAAGAAGAAAAAGCCAAAGAAGACAAGGGUAAACAAAAGCUGAGACAGCUCCACACACACAGAUAUGGAGAGCCAGAAGUUCCUGAGUCAGCAUUCUGGAAGAAAAUCAUAGCCUAUCAACAGAAACUUCUAAACUAUUUUGCUCGCAACUUCUACAACAUGAGAAUGUUAGCCUUAUUUGUCGCAUUUGCAAUCAAUUUCAUCUUGCUCUUUUAUAAGGUCUCCACUGCUUCUGUGGUUGAAGGAAAGGAGCUACCCACUCGCAGUUCAAGUGAAAACGCCAAAGUUAGCAGCUUGGACAGCAGCUCGCCCAGAAUCAUCGCAGUGCAUUACGUGCUGGAGGAGAGCAGUGGCUACAUGGAGCCCACACUGCGGAUAUUAGCCAUCCUGCACACGGUCAUCUCUUUCUUCUGCAUCAUCGGAUACUACUGCUUGAAAGUCCCACUGGUUAUUUUUAAGCGAGAAAAGGAAGUAGCUCGAAAAUUGGAAUUUGAUGGGCUUUAUAUUACAGAACAGCCUUCAGAAGAUGAUAUUAAAGGCCAGUGGGAUAGACUCGUAAUCAACACACAGUCAUUUCCCAACAACUACUGGGACAAAUUUGUUAAAAGAAAGGUUAUGGAUAAAUAUGGAGAGUUCUAUGGCCGAGACAGAAUCAGCGAGUUACUUGGCAUGGACAAAGCUGCCUUGGACUUCAGUGAUGCCCGGGAAAAGAAGAAGCCAAAGAAAGACAGCUCCCUGUCAGCUGUACUGAACUCUAUUGAUGUGAAGUAUCAGAUGUGGAAACUAGGAGUCGUUUUCACUGACAACUCCUUCCUCUACCUUGCCUGGUAUAUGACCAUGUCCAUUCUUGGACACUACAAUAACUUUUUUUUUGCUGCUCAUCUUCUGGACAUUGCUAUGGGAUUCAAGACAUUAAGAACCAUCUUGUCAUCAGUAACUCACAAUGGCAAACAGCUUGUAUUAACUGUUGGCUUAUUGGCUGUUGUUGUAUACCUAUAUACUGUCGUGGCAUUCAAUUUUUUCCGAAAAUUCUACAAUAAAAGUGAAGAUGGCGAUACACCAGACAUGAAAUGUGAUGACAUGCUAACGUGCUAUAUGUUCCACAUGUAUGUUGGAGUACGUGCCGGAGGGGGUAUUGGUGAUGAAAUCGAAGAUCCAGCUGGUGAUGAAUAUGAGAUAUAUCGAAUCAUCUUUGACAUCACCUUCUUCUUUUUUGUAAUUGUCAUUCUCUUGGCCAUAAUACAAGGUUUAAUCAUCGAUGCUUUUGGGGAACUAAGAGACCAACAGGAACAGGUCAAAGAAGACAUGGAGACCAAGUGCUUCAUCUGUGGGAUAGGCAAUGAUUACUUUGACACCGUGCCACAUGGCUUUGAAACCCACACUUUACAGGAACACAACUUGGCCAAUUAUCUGUUUUUUCUGAUGUAUCUUAUAAACAAAGAUGAAACGGAGCACACAGGACAGGAAUCUUAUGUUUGGAAGAUGUAUCAAGAAAGGUGCUGGGAAUUUUUCCCAGCCGGAGACUGUUUCCGGAAACAGUAUGAAGACCAGCUAAAUUAAUCUCAGUCCAAGAUCACCUCCAAAAACCAAAACACACACACAUGCACACACACACACACACACUCUUUGUCUCUGUCCUUCUGUUUCUAGAUUCUGUCUCUCUCUGUUCUCUUGGAAACAUCUUGCUGAUGUUGUGAACUGCCAGCAUUACAUGCUUUCUUGGAGUAGUGAAGCUGUGUUUCUGAAGACCUGACUCUGCUUUUCCCCCCACCUAGGGUAUUUUCUUUAAGAAUAAUGACUGAAGAAUAAUCUAAAUUCAUACACAGACAAAAUAGGAAUUUUGAAAAGAAAAACAUUCUGGAGAUUCUCAAUCAUUAUUAUACAGACAGAUUUCCUUCUGGGACUCCUGGAAAUCUGCUUGCACUCUGAACAUUCACAGGGAAGCGUGGCAGCCACACUCAUUCAGCCUCUUUAUUUCACCAUCUGGAAAGGAACUCUCUAAUGGUCACAGAGCACUGUAGCACUUACUGCUGUGGACACCAGUUACGAAGGGAAAUAGUGCCUUACUAUAUGUGGGUUGAGCUAUGCAGAAGAUAUGUGCAUGAAAAAAAAUCUUUAUUUUCUUUAUGUCGACUUUUUUUCUUAGUUAAAUUGACUUUUGUGAGUUUUCUUUUUUUUUUUUUUUUUCUUUCAUGCUUUUCUUCGGUGGGGGAGGGUAAGAAAAGCAGUUUGUGUGCACCUUUUGAAAAAGACGGGUGGCCUGUCUCAGGACGAGAGGAGGUUCUUCUCAUUCAUCCAAAUUCCCACUUCCCCUCCCCCUGUGCUCCUGCUGUUAUUUUGGUAAUGCUCUGAUGCAAUAUUGCAACUUUAUGAAAUCUUUGUAUGAAAACAAAAAGACUGCAAAAAAUACACUUUCAAAAGAAAUAAUUUAUUGCAUGUUUAUUAUGCAAGUUUAAACAAACCAAGAAAACUUUCAGAAGCAAGUUGAUCCACGUGAGAGAAUUUUCAUGAUAAUUAUAUUCAUAGUAAUAAAGUGUUGUGGGCUUAAUUGUGUAUUUGGAGCCAGUGUCAUCCACCAACAAUAUGAUACAUUAUGAACUUGACAGUAGUUUUGAGUUUUUCUCUUUCUUUCAGCCACCUGUGAUCAGUUGUGGAUUAAGGACUUCUUUUCAGGCCAUUUUUUAAAUAUCAAAGCUGAAGCAAUAUCCAUUCAGGGAUUUCACCAGUUGCAUCAAAAAACAUGGAUGAUAAUAUCAAUCACUCCAUUUUGAGUCCUUUUAAAUGUGAUGUGAAUCUUUACAAAUAAAAAGAUUCAGAAUGGAAGCAAGGUCAUUUUGCAAAUAUUGGCGCUCUUUUAUUACAAGUCUGCUUGUUAAUUUUAGAAUUGUAAAACUGCUCUGAUUAAACUAUUUAAUUAAC